AUGGCGGCCGCCGGAGCAGCGCUGCGGCUGCGCCUCCUGUAUCGGAUGCUGCGCGUGGGGGAGCUCCUCGCGCUGGUGGCGUUCCUCUCCUGGUCGUCGUCCCGCGUGCCGUCCGCCGCCGCCGCCGCCGUGCUGCCUUUCGCGGGGUCGCUCCUCCUCAACGCCCGCUUCGUCUUCGUCCUCGGGAACGCCAUCGUGCUCCUCCUCCUCGCGCUGUCGCCCCACGACCUCUCCGCCUCCUCCUCCUCCUCCUCCUCCAGCGGCCAGCAGACGGGCACGGCGGCGACGAGCACGACCGCCGCCCCGCCGCCGCAGGAUGCCGCGCCGGCCCCCGCCAGCGCGAGCUUCCCUUCCUCGUUCGCCGGUACUCCACUAUAG